GGCAAACCAAGAACAGAUUGGACAGGUCAGAGGAAUGAUGCCGCUAACUGGAAAGGUUUCCAAGGCACCUUGACUAUGUGUCUUCAAACGCUGAAUUCUACCUAUAACUCGACGAUGCAGACCGAAAUAAUUGACACGAAAAUCGACUUAGACUGGCAAAUAAAGCCAGGAGUUUCAAAUGGCAGCCAAUACCGGUACUGCGUUACGGGCCAGAACAACGAGGAGUUUUGCGUUGGCGAUACGGACAUCACGGAAUGGGAAUACCUGAUGGCAAAAUCACUUACUGGUGCAGCUGCUAUAUAUCCUAACGAGACCGACUAUGGCUUUACCGGUCAAUAUGCCCCUAACAUCGCUACAGAUGUCCUCGGCGACAGUCCAGCGUACUGUAACGGAUCAACUGUAGAAGGAGGCUUCAAACGAAGGAUGAACAAUAUUGCCAUCUCGAUGAGCAACGCACUUCGUACCGGGAAAAAUGCAGUCCCUCUCAAAGGCGUCGAGUGGACCAAGGAGCAAUUCUUCGACGUCACCUUCUACUGGAUGUCUUUCCCACUCGCGAUAUACCUGAUCAUAACUCUUUUCCUCUUUUCCACCAUUGUUACAUCGAGCAGAGCUGAUACACCGCUCUGGAAGUCUUCGCCGCUCGUCUUACUAGAGGCUACGAAUUCGUCGAAUCGUAUGCAAAGUUUAGACCAAGUAGAGUCGGACGCGCGUGGAACUUGUAUAAAGUUGCAACAUACAGGUGACAGCUGGCAUCUGCAGAAUAUGCCGGUAUCUAGCGUAACUGGCAAAGAGGGUAUUUAAAUAUAUCCUCUUAUUAGUAGUAUGAAAUACAAUGUUUAUACAAGGC